AUGUCAACUGAUGACACUAUCAAGUACUAUGUUUACCCCGAAUUGAUACCCAGGACGGAAAAGCUACGCGAGCUCGUCGCUUUAGCUCAUGAGACUGCAGUUCAGCUUGACUUGAGAGUAAAGGCGGUUCUGAUCAGAUCCGGCCUUCACCACACGAUGAGUGUCGCAGGAGGAUAUGUGAGAGAUCCUAGGGGUGUGCACGUCACCAUCUCCUUCAAAACAGAGGAGCAGCUUCUCCGUGGCACUCACGUCACCUACCAUUGCUACGUACGUAGCAUGAGUGACCACACUUGGAUGUGUGCGUAUCACGGGGGAGAAAAGCCGGACACCGUCUUGAAGAAUAGAGGCGAGGUCGUCUGGCCUCCUGCGGAUGAGCUGCGGCUCAUCCCCGACUUUGGGCACGGGUACCUCCCAUAG